CCCUUUAUUUAUCCUCUAUAUAUAACUAGAUUCUUGCAUUAUUAUCCUCAACUCAACUCAACUCAAUCCAACAAUAGAAUUAAUUCUCAUUCAUAUACAUUUCAUGGCUUCUUCUUACUCUGCAUUUUCGUCCUCCUUAAAAUGCGAAUUAAACAUAAUUGGUGUUAAAAAUGUACAAACAAAGCACAAAGGUAAUCUCUUCAUCAGGUGCUACCUUUGUGCAGGAAGCAACAACAGGAGAAUCCAGGUAAACACGAAGGAAAUCGCUUCUUCUUCGUCGUCUUCUCGAAAAAACGAUGGCUAUAUAUUUUGGGAUGAUACUUUUUCUCUAGAGUGUAACGGUACUUCAGAGGAUUCAGUCCAUGGUUUAAAGGAAGAACUGGUGGUUUUCGAGCUGAGGUGGCGAAAUACAAAGUCUUUCCUUGGUGGGUCUCAACUAAUAGCAACAGCUGAGAUGCCAUGGAAGAACGCCUUUGAAGCGCCGAAAAUGGAAUUUCAGAGGUGGGUUGUUAUGACUAUGAAUAAACAAGGGAAUAAGUUGGUUAAGGUUGAGGAUGGGGUUAAACCACCAGCGUUGCAGAUAACAAUGAAGGUUGAAGUUGUUCCGGCAACCGCGACGAGGGUGGUUUCCGGGGAAGAGAUGAGGAAGAGGAGGAGAAGUGAAAGGUUGAAGGGGUUGGGUGAGUGUGGCUGCAAAUCAAAUGGAGGGUGUUACUGCUCUUCUUGUGUUGAUACUGAGAUGCUUUUUAUUGGUUUAGCUUUUGAUGCCUGUUAAUUAGUAAUUUUGUACAACUUUUCUUUUCUUUUUUUGGGGGUUUACUUGAGCUGAUUGUUGUAUAGAUCAAUUUAGUAGUUCACUAAUUUAAUUAGAAGUGGUUCAUUUGAAAACAAACACUGCCAUUCUGCUAAUACUCAGUUUUUUGCUUAAUUGCCUAUUUGAUUUGAUUUG